AUGGACCGAGCGCUCUUGGUGGGAAUACUAAGCAUCGGCGUCUCUGCAAGGUUGAGCGGCGCGCAGGUCGUUCCGUCCGUUUCGGUUACGGCGCGGGAUUGUCCCCCGUAUUGCGUUUACCUGAACAGGGAGCUGUCAUGUAACAGUCGUGUACGUGGUCACCCUAGCGUGUUCGCACUCGGCACACAGAGGCGCGCUAAGCAAACACCGGGGCACCGUAUCAGACGCGUAUUUCCAACGAGCGCGGCGCGACUGAGAAAAAAGCGUCUCCGCUCUUCGUGCACCGCGGCUGAGUCACCCGCGACCCACAGCCGCCGCUGCCGACCUCACAGCCAGCCAACGGGUUGCAAGUUGAGCCCG